AUGCCAAAGACUUCUUCUCAACAAAUAAAUAUUAUACAAAAUCCAAUUUCGACGACAACUAAAUCCACUAUAACAACAAUAUCAAAUCAAAUCACAAGUAUUAUCAAUUUAUCUAAUAUAACAUCAACAACAACAAGAACAACAACAACAAUAGACAUAGGUAAACCAUGUGAUAAUGUAUCCGAAUCUCAUCAACUUAAUGCAUCACAAAAUCCAUGUGAACAAGUUCGUUGUAAUGUUAUAUACCGUGGUAGUGGUGGUCGUCUUGGUAAUCGUAUGUUUAUGUUUGCUAGUGCAUAUGGUUUAGCUCGUACUCAAAAUUGUCGUUUAUAUGUAGCACCUCCUAUUCUUACAGAACUUUCAGCUAAUUUUCAAAUGAUACCAAUCGAUAGUAAAAUGUAUUUGUCAGAUGAAGACUAUAAUAAAUUACACAAUAUUGAAAUUAAAAGUACUACUUGUACAUUUCAACAUGAAUUAUUAAGACCAAAUGCAUUUAAAAAUAUAGAACUUGGUGGUUAUUGGCAAUCAUAUUUACAUUUUGAUGCAUUUCGAGAAGAAAUUCGUGAAAUAUUUACAGGUCGCAACGAUACCUUACAACGUGUAGCUAAUUAUUUUAAUUAUAUAACACAACCUUUUUGUCCAACAUGUUUACCAUUACCGAAUACAACUCAAAAAGAACUUCGUCAAGCUUUUCGAACACGUUAUAACAUAACAUGGGUAGGUAUUCAUAUUCGUCGACUUGAUUUUCGUGGUAUUGGUUAUGCAUCUGAUACCGAUUAUAUUUAUCGUGCAAUGACUUAUUUCCGACGACGUUAUCAUGAUCAACGUGUGCGUUUUCUUAUGGCAAGUGAUGAUAAAACAUAUUGUCAUGAAGUAUUUGGUAAAAAUAGAUUUAAAAAGGUUUUCAUACUUCCACAUGAUUUUUCUCAAGCCGAUGAUCUAAUUGCGCUAACAUUAUGUCAUCAUUCGAUUGUUACUGGUGGUACAUAUGGAUUUUGGAGUGCUUAUCUUGCAGGUGGUGAUGUUUUACAUGAUAUAAAAUAUCAAGCUGUAUGUGCACGAGCAGAUUAUUAUCCACCAUGGUUUGUAGUAGUAGGACCAACUGUUGAAAAAAUUCAUAAGGUCAAAUAA